UUGGAGUCCACAGACACAGCGCUGAUUGAACUAGCGGAGGGAAGCUCAUUUUCAGAGCGCAUGAUUGCGUUAGAGGGGCUUCAUAGACUUUCAUCGGCCAGAAGCAAAGAGGGAGAGACAGUAAAGGCGUUUCAACCACGCCUUUCAGAGUAAAUAAUCCACAAAAAGGCAGUCCGAGUGUAUAGGAUUUCCCCCAAGUAGCCUUGCCUGAGUUUUUCAAAGGAACAGAGGUUUUAUUUUCAUUUUUGAGAAGAGGGACUCUGAGGAACCGAGCUGUGCGAUGUUCUGUCGAAUACUUCUCCGUGCGUAAAAUAAAAGUUUAACACCCCGAAGAGAUUCUUUCAGAGAUCUGGGAGCUCGAAAAAGUCCACAUUUCCACUCUGGGAAUUUUAGCUAAAGCUCUUACUGGACGCGCAGUGGUGGAGGAUAUAAAACUUUUCUGUUGUUUCUGUGGUGAAACACUAAGCGAGGUUGGUCUAACGGAGAGCGAAGGAAUCCUCGUUACUGAGCCGUGAGAAGGGCGCGUAAUACUGGGUAGCGGACUGACCCAAAGGACGGCACCUCGGAGACAAGGUUAUGACGGACCUGAGCUGAACAUGGGGCUUUUUUGGAUAUUGUUAUUGUCUCGUGUUUAUGCUCUUGCCUGGGGCCAAGGAGUUUACGCUCCUGCCAACGCCCAGAUUGUGCACUCGGGCGCAGCAUGUAACGUCAAAGAUGAUAACAUGAGUGAGAGAAUCUACACCAUCAAAGAAGGAGACACACUAGUGCUUCAGUGUAUUGUUAAAGGACAUCCACGACCCCAGGUACGGUGGACGAAGACAGCAGGCAGUGCGUCAGACAAGUUCCAGGAAACAUCCAUCUACAAUGAGACACUACGCAUUGAGGGCAUCCAGAGGGUGCAGGGAGGUCGCUACUACUGCAAGGCUGACAACGGGGUGGGGGUGGCUGCCAUCAAGUCCAUCCGUGUAGAUGUGCAGUAUCUUGAUAUACCCGUUCUGACAGUACACCAGACCAUCAGCGACGUGCGCGGCAGUUACUACCAAGAGAAGACAGUAUUCCUGCGCUGCACCGUCAACUCCAACCCUCCCGCACGCUUCAUCUGGAAACGUGGGGAUAUGCUCAUCGAGCAGAGCAAAGACAAUGGAGUGGACAUUUAUGAGCCUCUUUACACUCAGGGUGAGACCAAGGUGCUGAAGCUGAAGAAUCUCAGACCCAAGGACUUUGCUGAUUAUACCUGUCAGGUGUCAGUCCGCAAUGUGUGUAACAUCAAAGACAAGUCCGUCACCUUCAGGCUGACAAAUGCUACAAGUCCACCAAUGAUCCGACUGUCAGUGAAUGAUACAGUGGUGGUGGAUCCUGGCCAGGAUGUGCGCAUAACCUGUGAGGUCACAGCAGGUUUCCCUCUCCCCAUUGUGACGUGGUCACGUUACCCUGGCCCUCUUCCCCUCAGUGCUCAAGUUCGAGGAGAAUCACUGAUUUUGCGAGCUGUCACACCAGCGGAUGCAGGCUUCUACAACUGCACGGCAGUCAACAAUGUGGGUAACCCUGCACGCAAGAACGUCAACCUCGUUGUGAGAACAAUGAGCAACCUCACCUUCCAAAUUACACCAGACUCUAACAAGGACAGUGAAACCAUUCAAAUGGGUCGUGACCUUAAGCUCUCAUGCCAUGUUGAUGCCACCCCCCAGGACAAGGUCAACUAUACCUGGUACAAGAACGGGGCACCAGUCUUCAACUCAGAUAGUUUGAUUUUACUGCGCAGUGACCCAGACAUGGCACCUGGCACCAGCAGUCUGGAGAUUGUGGACAUGAAAUUCAGAGACUUGGCCACCUACAGCUGCAUGGCCAGCUUUUCAGGCAGCACAGUGCGAGAGCUUCGUGUUGAUGUCAACAUUUCUCAAAACAGCGUCUCUCCUCCAGUGCUGACUGUUCCACCCGGACGUCAGGCUGUAAGUGUGCGAGAGGGAGGUAAUGCCGAACUGGUGUGCUUAGUCGUAGAUGGCAAACCACGUCCUCCUAUACUGUGGUCACGGACAGAAAAGGACUUGCUAAUGCCCUCGGGGCAGCCCACAGUGGAGACGCCUGAUGGUCGCUUGAGGCUAAAGAACGUUAGCCGGGACAUGAUGGGGGCAUACAGGUGCCAGACUGCUCCAUACAAUGGGCUUAACAUUAAACGCAGAGAGGCACAGGUUCAACUCAAUGUGCAGUACCCUCCCAUUCUGGACCCAGUCUUUCAAGAUGUCCGUUCCAGGAACUAUCAAAUGGUAACCCUGAGAUGUACAAUCCUACGAUCAAACCCUCCUCGCCUAACAGACAUCCGCUGGUUCCGUAAUGGUGACUUCAUCCGUAUGCCAAUGCCAGACCUGAAGGAGACACCGGAGCUGAAGUUCAAACUGGAACCCACCAACAAUGGCUCUUACGAGUGCCGAGUGAGCAAUACUGAGGGAACAUCAGCAUGCACAUUUAAUGUCUCUGCACAACCAUACAAUGCUGAGUUUUACUUUGAUACACCCAACCCUGUCCGGAUUCUGAAAGGAAACAACUAUUCCUACAAUUUGCAGUGGACACAAAAAGAACCCGAUGCCACAGAUCGCAUCAUAGGAUACUGGAUUAAUGUUCGAAAGAACAAGCAAAACCUGCUGUCAAAACAAAUAGACCUCAAGGGUAAGACACCAGAAAAGGGUGUUCUGAUGUCCUACGCAGUAUCAGACCUGAAAAUCCCUCUGUCCUACGAGGUCCGGCUGGCCCCUAUUACCACCUACAGCACUGGGGACUAUGUCAGUCGAAUCAUCCAGUAUUCAGAACCCUACACUUACCCAAGACCUUCAGACCAUGUGUGUGGCUUUGAAGAUGAGCGCAUAUGUGGCUUCUCUCAAGACCGGAGUGAUAUCUUUGACUGGACGAGACAAAAUCACCUGACGCAGAAUCCCAAGCGGUCUGCAAACACUGGGCCAGACACUGACCGCAGUGGAACAAAGGAGGGCUACUACAUGUACAUUGAAGCAUCACGCCCACGUACUCAGGGUGACAAGGCUCUUCUUCUAUCGCCACUUUUUAAUAUUACCUCAAGCAAGGGCCCCAAAGGAAGAGUCCCAUACUGCGUCUCCUUCUACUAUCACAUGAAGGGCAAACACAUUGGUACUCUCAAUGUUUAUCUGCGAGUGAGAAGCAUAGCCUCUGUGGACCGAGCAAUGUGGACAAAAUCUGGUCAUCAAGGCCCAGACUGGAAGAAAGCAUUCUUUGACGUUACCCCCAGUGGACCCUUUCAGAUUGUGUUUGAAGGAAUUCGAGGCUCGGGUUUUGAGGGGGAUAUUGCCAUUGACGACGUGUCUAUCACCAGAGGAGAAUGCAAGCAACAAAACACUGUAGCCAACGCAGGUAAGACAGUUCUGAUUGGAGGAUCACACCCACUCCCACUGGCUAAAUGGCUGGCCUUUGGCCUCUCCUGCUUUGUUUCACUACUCUUCAGAUGAUGAGCACUCCCCAUAGCACCACCAACUGUCUGUGCUGACAGACACUGCCCUGACUUGCGCUCUUUUACUUCUCUCUCUUCCCCUGUACCUGUCUUUUCCUCUGCGUACCUGUCCAUUUACUUGUCUGUCCUCUUCAGUUAUUGCAGUCUUUCUGUCCUUCAUGCAUCCAACAAGAAACACUAUGUAUUUGUCUAUCUUCUUGUCCUCUGCUCUUUUUUUUUUAAUAUUUCACCUAUUCGCUUCAUAUAACCAAUCAAUGCUCAUACUGUAUUUAAGGUUAACAUACUUAAUAGUCUUUGACAUAGAGACUUGAAAUUCCCUCCUUUAUCCCUUGAUUAGAUUCUCUUUAUCCAUGUCAGUGUGCCACUUUGUCAACUUUGUCUUUUUUCUCUCCUUUGUCAUCCUUCUUGGUCCAUAUGUGUACCCUUCAUGUAUCUUCACUCCCUUGAACCGCUAUCCUCGGAAGUCCUUCCACCCUAUUCCCCAGACACACCAAAGUGUCGGACACUCAACCAAAGAUGACAAAGGACCUGAGGGAAUGAAAUGGGGGAACGGGGAUUCUAGGAAGAAAGUUAAAGAAAGAGCGAGAGAAAAGGGAAAGUGGUCAAAACAACCUUUUCCACAAAGACAGUCUCCCUUCCGGACCAGCCUUUGGCACCAUGGGAGCUACUGAUUGAUAAGGAGACACUAAAAACUGAUGACUGAAUGAAUAAAUAAAUAAAUCAAUCAUUGAGGAAAUGACUAACCAGGACUGAGGAUAAAAGAAGGGUGUCCUUGGUAGCCUCUUGGUAGCCUCUCUGCUUGCCACAAGAGAUGAACCUCA